AUGACCGCGAGGUGCGUACUGCUACUGCUUGCCCUGUUGGCGGACGCGUACCAUGGCGACAGAGCAUGCGUGGGUGCUUCCGAGGCGCCGCCCUGCCCCGGCUGGCUGCAGGGUGGACUGAGCCGGGCGUCGUUCCCCAAAGGCUUCGUGUUCGGGACGGCGACUUCGGCGUACCAGGUGGAGGGCAUGGCGGCGGGAGGCGGCCGCGGGCCCUGCGUCUGGGACGCGUUUGCACACACCCCAGGAAAUAUUCCGGGGAAUCACAAUGCAGACAUCACAACAGAUCAAUAUCACCGCUACAAGGAAGAUAUUAAUCUCAUGAAAGGACUGAAUUUCGACGCCUACCGGUUUUCAAUUUCAUGGUCCAGAAUAUUCCCAGACGGUGAAGGGAAAGUUAACGAAGAAGGUGUAGCGUACUACAACAAUCUGAUAGACUACCUUCUUCACAAAGGUAUUACUCCUUAUGUCAAUCUUCACCACUAUGAUCUUCCUCUUGCACUUGAGAAGAAGUACCGGGGCUGGUUAAAUGCUAAGACAGGGGAACUAUUUGCAGACUACGCUGACUUCUGCUUCAUGGCCUUCGGCAAUCGUGUAAAGAACUGGUUUACAUUCAAUGAACCAAGCAGAGUUGCGCUUACUGGUUAUGAUAAUGGGUAUCAACCUCCUCAAAGGUGCACCAAAUGCGCUGCUGGUGGAAACUCAGCAACAGAACCUUACAUUGUUUCUCAUAAUCUUCUCUUGGCACAUGGUUAUGCAGUUGCAAGAUACCGGAAUAAGUAUCAGGCAGCUCAGAAAGGGAAGAUUGGAAUAGUUCUGGACUUCAGUUGGUACGAGGGGCUUACCAACUCAACUGAAGACCAAGCAGCAGCUCAAAGAGCCAGGGACUUCCAAGUUGGCUGGUUCAUGGAUCCAAUAAUAAAUGGACAGUACCCACAGACAAUGCAAGAUAUUGUGAAAGAGAGGUUGCCUAGAUUCACACCUGAUCAAGUUAAAUUGGUCAAGGGCUCAUCAGACUAUAUUGGGAUCAAUCAGUACACAGCUAUCUACAUGACGAAGGAAAAAUUGGUGAACCAGACGCCUAUUAGCUACUCAGAUGAUUGGCAAGUCCAUUAUAACUAUGAGCGAAACGGCAAAGCGAUUGGACCAAGGGCAAACUCUGAUUGGCUCUACAUCACCCCGUUUGGGAUGUAUGGGUGUAUGAAUUAUAUCAGGCAGAAGUAUGGAAAUCCAGCAGUGCUCAUAAUGGAAAACGGAAUGGAUCAACCUGGGAACCUCACCCGCGAUGAGUACCUGCAAGAUGACACGAGGGUUGGGUACCACCUGAGUUACCUGAGCGAGCUGAAGAGAGCCAUCGACGAUGGUGCCAACGUGCUUGGCUACUUUGCAUGGUCUCUUCUCGACAACUUUGAGUGGCGCUUAGGUUACACGUCCAAGUUCGGCAUCGUGUACGUCGACUUCAAUACCCUCAAGCGCUACCCGAAGAAGUCGGCCUACUGGUUCAAACGCCUGCUGAAACACUGAUGACGUGCCUCUGAAUUAACCAACCUGGGGUUAUCGUCAUCAUGUUGAGUUCCUAC